GAAAACGGACGGUGGUGAUCUUGGAGCUGUAAUUUGCCGGACCACCGGGUAAUGUAAUGUCUCCUUUUUGCCGCGCGCGCGAAACGCAGUGGGAGAACUCCGGCGCGUGUCGUGGUGGUGGAGGCGGUGGCGGUGACUGAUGGCCAGUAGCUGUGCAAGUUCCAAAUGGUGGUGGCCGAUGAUCGCCAUCGCUGCUGCAGCGCUAUCUGCCUCCGCGUCUCUGUCAUUUCUUCUCUGGUGGAAGAGGCAUAGAGAGUUGGAAAACCGGGUUCGGGAGUUACAGAAGUCCUUGGAAUCGGCAUUGGGGAAAUGCGCCGCCGAGAGGCGAGGUCGGAUUCGAGCGCAGCAGGAAUUAAGAAGAGCAGUUAUGCUGCAUGGAUCUAAUAAGUCGGAGAUAGUUUCAUACCCACUUAGACCUAUUGGUGUUGUGGAGUCUUGCUUUUCCACCAGAAAUGGAACACCACGGCAGCCACUACUUGUACCUUUAGCAAGGGCAUGUUUGGUUUUGGAAACUCAUGUGCCUACUGAAGCUCUUGAAGGCCUUUCAGGAUACUCCCAUUGCUGGAUCCUUUAUAUAUUUCAUUUGAAUACAGACCUGGAAAGGUUAUGGGAGACUUCAUCCAGUAUGAAGUUAAAAGCAAAGGUAAGAGUUCCGAGACUUGAUGGUGGUAAAGUGGGAGUUUUUGCAACAAGGUCACCACAUCGUCCUUGCCCUAUUGGUCUUACUCUUGCAAAGAUUGAAGAUGUGAAUGGGCGUAUGGUCCUGCUUUCAGGCAUUGAUUUGGUUGAUGGUACGCCGGUACUUGAUAUCAAACCUUAUCUACCAUAUUCUGAUGACGUCCCUGAAGCAAGUAUACCAGAUUGGGUUAUGGAUGGAGAGGCGAGUCCAUUAGCAGUGACAAGGGUGAAUUUCUCCAUGGCCUUCUAUGACAGUCUUACUACUUGUUGGAUGACAAUGGGGAAAGAAUCAUUUUAUGCAUCUCCCUCUGAAUUCCAGAGGUUGAUCAGUCAGAUACUUUCAUGGGACAUUCGUUCAAUGUCACAAAGAAGCAGGCCACAUUGUUGUGUUGUUCCUACUUGUAACAACAAAGAGAGAGAUGAGAACGACCAUGAACCCAUGGUAGGUCAAACUUUCAGGUCAGUAGGGAGUUCGCAUGAAGAUGUUGUUUAUCACUUGAUCUUGGAAGGCAUUGAUGUUGAAUAUACAAUUGACAAAGACGCAAUUGUUUUGGUUGAAAAGGCAACGGCAUAUCCUGGUAGUGGUGAAAAAAGAAGAAAAUGCAAUUACCUGAUAUGGAAAAAAGUAUUAGAAACCUAAGAAACAUUGCUUGCAAGGCUGUGAAAAGGAAACUGAGCAUUACGGUAGGGUAUGUAUGGAGCUGACCUAUUGUAUAGGUGCUUUGGGGUGAAAAGGUUGGUGUUGCUGUGAUUCUCUUGGGAAGGAUUUCUGAAUAUCUGGCCACAUUUUUUGCGUUACCAUUAGCUUUUGGCUGUUAGGAACAAGAGUGGACAAUUCUAACCAAUAUUUUGCUACCAUACUUUUCUUAUUCCUUGUAUUUGUUGUCCCUGAAAUUUUUUGAAUUUCUUCUGAAUUGUGUGAUUAUGAAUCUUGUUAUUCCAAGCGAGAAAAUGUUUGAGACCUGCAUAGACAGACGGUGGCACACCUUAUUGAUUAGUUCCUUCUAUAUAUGUGACUCAA